ACCAUCAGCCCCCUCUUGGAGCCUGCUGGUCAGGUGGGGCGGCUCCUCUGUGCACUGUUCUCUGUGGGCAGAGAGAAACCCCCGCCCUUGCCAAGCGUUGCAGCCAAGACAAGACAAAGCUGGGAACCCCAGGCUUGCCAGGAAGGCAGAAGGCCUGGGGCUGUCCCAAGGAUCUAGGUGACAGGCAGACGGAGCUGGCGGUUGGAGACUGCUCUCUUCUCUCCCUGCCUUCACCCCGAGCCCAGCAGAGACACCAUGCCAGGACUCCCCAGGUUCCACUUAGACACCAGCGCCCCCCACAGCAGGAGGCCCUGCCACCAAUGGCCAGGGUCCUGGGCCUCCUUGCAGAAGACCGUGGUCAUCCUGUGCCUGCUACUCUCCAGUACCUCCCUGUCCCCCACACACGCGCAGACCGAGAUUCCUCUGGAAACAGUGAAGCUGUGGGCAGACACCUUCGGCAGGGACCUAUAUGACACGGUGACCAAAUACUCGGGCUCUCUCUUGCUGCAGAAGAAAUACAAGGAUGUGGAAUCCAGUCUGAGGAUCAAGGAGGUGGAUGGCUUGGAGCUGGUGAGGAAGUUCUCAGAGGACAUGGAAACCAUGCUACGCAGGAAGGUGGAGGCUGUCAAGAAUCUGGUAGAGGCUGCUGAGGAGGCUGACCUGAACCAUGAAUUCAAUGAAUCGCUGGUGUUUAACUAUUACAACUCUGUCCUGAUCAACGAGAGGGAUGAGAAUGGCAAUUACGUGGAGCUGGGGGCUGAGUUUGUCCUUGAAUCCAAUGCGCACUUCAGCAACCUGAUGGUGAACACCUCCAUCAGCAGCGUGCAGCUGCCCACGAACGUGUACAACAAAGACCCAGACAUUUUAAAUGGAGUCUACAUGUCUGAAGCUUUGAACACGGUUUUUGUGGAGAAUUUCCAAAGAGACCCGACACUGACAUGGCAAUAUUUUGGCAGCUCCACUGGAUUCUUCAGGAUCUAUCCAGGCAUCAAAUGGACGCCUGAUGAGAAUGGAGUCAUUGCCUUUGACUGCAGAAAUCGUGGCUGGUAUAUACAAGCUGCUACUUCUCCCAAGGACAUAGUGAUUGUAGUGGAUACGAGUGGCAGCAUGAAGGGGCUGCGGAUGACUAUCGCCAAGCACACCAUCUCCACCAUCCUGGACACACUGGGGGAGAAUGAUUUUGUUAAUAUCAUUGCGUACAGUGACUACAUCCAUUACCUCGAGCCUUGUUUUAAAGGGAUCCUUGUCCAGGCAGAUCGGGACAAUCGCGAGCAUUUCAAACAGCUUGUAGAUGAGCUGAUGGUCAAGGGUGUGGGGGUCGUGAACCAAGCCUUGACUGAAGCCUUCCAGAUCCUGAAGCAGUUCCAAGAGGCCCGGCAAGGAAGCCUCUGCAACCAGGCCAUCAUGCUAAUCACCGAUGGGGCUGUGGAAGACUAUGAGCCAGUAUUUGAGAAGUACAACUGGCCUGACCGCAAGGUUCGAGUUUUCACUUAUCUGAUUGGAAGAGAAGUGACUUUUGCUGACCGCAUGAAGUGGAUUGCAUGCAACAACAAAGGCUACUAUACACAGAUCUCCACACUGGCAGAUGCACAGGAGAACGUGAUGGAGUACCUGCACGUGCUCAGCCGCCCCAUGGUCAUCAACCAUGACCAUGACAUCACCUGGACAGAAGCCUACAUGGACAGCAAGUUAUUCACUACACAGGCACAGAGCUUGAUGCUCCUCACCACUGUGGCCAUGCCAGUCUUCAGCAAGAAGAAUGAAACGCGAUCCCAUGGCAUUCUUCUGGGUGUGGUGGGCUCUGAUGUGGCCCUGAGAGAGCUGAUGAAACUGGCACCCCGGUACAAGCUCGGAGUGCAUGGAUAUGCCUUUUUGAACACUAACAAUGGCUACAUUCUCUCACAUCCUGACCUCCGACCCCUGUACAGAGACGGGAAGAAACUCAAACCCAAACCUAACUACAACAGCGUGGAUCUCUCUGAAGUGGAGUGGGAAGACCGAGCUGAAACCCUGAGAACAGCCAUGAUCAAUGGGGAAACAGGGUCUCUCUCUAUGGACGUGAAGGUUCCACUGGACAAAGGGAAGAGAGUUCUUUUCCUGACCAAUGACUACUUCUUCACAGACAUCAGUGACACACCUUUCAGCCUGGGAGUGGUGCUGUCCAGGGGCCAUGGAGAGUACAUCCUCCUGGGGAACACAACUGUGGAAGAAGGCCUGCAUGACUUGCUUCACCCAGAUCUGACCCUAGCCAGUGACUGGAUCUACUGCAUCACAGAUAUCGACCCAGACCAUCGGAAGCUCAGCCAGCUGGAGGCCAUAGUCCGCUUCCUGACAGGGGAGGACCCAGAUCUGGAGUGCGAUGAGGAGCUGGUGCGGGAGGUACUGCUUGAUGCGGUGGUGACGGCCCCCAUGGAAGCCUACUGGACAGCGAUGGCUCUCAACACCUCUGACGAGUCCGAGCAGGUGGUGGACAUGGCAUUCCUGGGCACCCGGGCUGGCCUCCUCAGAAGCAGCUUAUUUGUAGGCUCCGAGAAGGUUUCCGACAAAAAGUUCCUGACUCCUGAGGAUGAAGCCAGCAUAUUCACCAUGGACCACUUCCCUCUGUGGUAUCGACAGGCUGCUGAGCAUCCUGCUGGCAGCUUUGUCUUCAAUCUUCGAUCAGCAGAGGCACCAGAAAGUCCAGGCCAGCCAAUGGUAGUAACAGCGAGCACUGCUGUGGCCGUGACGGUGGACAAGAAGACAGCUAUCGCUGCAGCGGUGGGAGUCCAAAUGAGGCUGGAGUUCCUACAACGCACGUUCUGGGCAGCGACCCGGCAGUGCGGCACUGUGGAGGGGCCAUGCCCAGAGAGCUGCCAGGACAGUCUCCUGGACUGCUUCGUCAUCGACAACAACGGGUUCAUCCUGAUCUCAGAGAGGUCCCAGGAGGACAGCUCACAACAUGGCAACUUGGUUCAUCAGAGUGAGCAAGCCAAGAAGAGCCAGAGACAGAGAGAGGGAGAACAAGGUGGAAGUCACUGUCUCCAGGAACCUAGUUUCAGAUGCGACAUCCCAUCACUUUUACUAUAUUUUAUUCACUAGAAGCAAGUUACUACAUCCAACCUACCAAGGAACCAUUACAGAAGUGUUCUACCAUAAAUCCCUUCCCCUUCCCCAAACACACCCAAGUGCUGUCAAGGACCACAUGGUCUGGCCCCUCCUCCAACUCAUUCAUUUCCCCCCCUUUUACUCCUAAGCCUCCAAGUGUUGGGGGGCAGGGGUACUGGAAGCAGCGGCAGCAGAAAUACAAGUUAACAGAAAUACAAGUUCUCGGGCCCUACCCAGACUAAGGGAAUCAGAAAGUCUGGGGUGGGGCCCACCAACUGCGAUGUGACAAGGCCUCUGAUGAUUCUGAUGUGUGAUAAAGUCUGAGAGCCACUUCCCAGGCCUUAAUGCCAGCUGCUGUUGAUCUGGAUGCACUUUCCCAACUGGGCUAAUGUGCCAGAAGGUCCAGACUACUCCUUGUCCCUGCUGAGGUCCAUCCAGGGACCGGAGGAGAGAAGACUGUCACUGCUCUGGAUGCAAAGAUUCUUCCCAAAGUCCCUCCCAGCCCUUCCUCACUGCGGCCCUCCUGCCCAGCAAAUAAUGUGAGUGCAGUGCCCAAAGGCACCAUCUGUGGUCUGCCUGAGGGAGGGGCAGCCUGAAUCUCUCCUGGCCCUGGUGGUGUUCCAGUCCUGCUGAUUAGACAUUUGGUCCCACUGAGCCUCUCUUCCAGCUCAGGGCUCAUUCUUUUAAUAAAGAACUACAGAUGACAGGAUUACAGCCCUCUGUUGGGGCCUAGAAAGAGAAGCAGACAGCUGGGGCCAAGAAAGUGACAACAGCUCUAUAGAUCUUUGUAAUGUUUACAGUGGAUCUGUCACCCUGGAUUUGGGGACUCCAAGUCCUGUCAUUUGCCUGUGGGUAGCACCCACACAGGAGAGCUUCAAAGUGGACCUCAAAGGAACAGCAAAGGUAAAAAAUUAGAUGCCCCAUCAUGAUGUCUUUCCCUGAGGACUUGAAUCUCUCAGAAGGAAUGCGCCCCUCUACCCCCAGCCCAAAAUGCUGAGCUUGUCCUCAGACCAGGGCCUCUGAUGUGCCUGUCUUGAGACUCAGCUCCUGUUUUCCUUGGCUUCCCCUUCUCCUUCCCUGCCUUCCUACACACCUACCAAGCAAGUGCCCCCCACUGUCUUCCAGUCAUACUCCCAGUGCAGUGGGUACGGUGGACACAGUGCAGGAGAAACCUCCAGCCUCCCUGCCUGGCUCAUGCUUCUGACCGUGCCGCUCCAGCCCCCAUCCCUCACCACCUGCCUCAGCACAUCCCAGGCUCCCCCAGGCUCUGGCAGCAGAGCCUUCCUGGGGUCAAGGCAGCCUCAUUUGGGCAGCUCAGGCUGGGUGUCUCUAGAGAAAAAUUCAGCUGGCCACCUGCCCCAGAGAUGACCCAUCACAGCAGAGGACCUCUGGGUGCCUCUUUCCAAAGUGGUGCUAAUGGCCACUCCUCCACAUGCUUCCCUGGUCCCACUGUGGGGCCAAAGGCACUUGUCAAGAGACUGAGAAGCUCAGAGGAAACAGGCAGGGCUGUACAGUAGUAAGGAACAAAAAGAAAUUGGUCCUCAUGAGGAGCCACACACAGUGACUUCACUCUGGUAACUCAUUUAAUCCUCACACCCCUUAAUUUUUUAGAGAAGAAACUGAGGCUGUCCCUGGGUAAAAGGCUGUGAGACAUUUGCCCCAUUCCAGAGUCAAGGGCUCCCCCACUCAUCCUCUGGCCUCCCUUCCCUCUGGGGAUAGUAGCUUCACACAGGCAUGCAAAUUAGCCUAUGCACAGGGCUGCUGCUCAGUCAGCAGGAAUACUCAUCAGUUCUGCCCCCUCUGCCACCACCUGCCCCAUCUGCUUCCUGCUCGAGGCCCUGGGUGGUACCUCGCAGGACCCCAUCUCACUCCUGCCUCAUAACAGACAGGAAACACAGAAAGCCCCAGGCCCUUUGGAUGCAGUCCCAGAGCUCAGGCAGUCCAAAGGACAUUGCUUAUCUUUGGACUGCCCCCUGUACACAAGUGGAGCCCUGACCUGCUGUGAGCAAACCUAGAUGGCAUGGGGACCUGGAGCUUCCAGAGACCCUGUACUGUGCUGUGGGUGGACAGAGGCAGGAGACCCUGUGCUGUGCUGUGCUGUGCUGUGCUUUGGGUGCUAUGCCACAGUCAGUCUGGGGGACCUAAACUGACAAGGGUACUCAAGUUUGAGUGUUUCAACUUGGGCUUUGCAGGGUCAGGAACUAAAUCAGUUUACCUAUUUGAGGCAUCGAUUCACUCUGAUGAAGCUCAAAUGAAACUAUCAGCACAGAAUAGUGUUCUGCUGUCAGCAAUAGUGCCCCCACUACAGUGUUUUUUAUGUGGUUUUUUUUUUUUAACUUAUUUUUGAGAGCAGAGGAGGGGCAGAGAGAC